ACUGAAUCGAAUGAAAGUAAAACAGUGAGGGUGCAAGUUAAAGCUCCCAACUUUUUGUAUGUUGGAGAGGGAAGCAUGAAUCUAAGCUUCCACCCAAGAACGCUGGCAAAAACCCAAAGAUGGGAUUCUCUUAAAUCUAUCCAAAAUCUACUUUUCCGGUCUCUCUCGCAUUGCCAAGCCACCGCAUUGGAUGCCGAAGGUCCCUCCUUCGGUAGGAAAUCAGUAUCUGCUAACCCAUCCCAAGCCCAGAAGCUGUUCGACGAAACUCUCCAACCAAACCUCGCUCGGUGCAAUAGCUUGCUUUUCCAGUAUUCACGGAACAACCUCAACAGAGAAGCUCUCAAUCUAUUUUCGGGUAUUCGGAGGUCGGGUUUUCCUGUUGAUUCAAUGACAUUUUCUUGUGUUUUGAAGGUCUGUGGUUGCUUGUUUAAUGAAAUAGUUGGUAGACAAGUGCAUUGUCAGUGUGUGAAAUUUGGGUUUAUAGAGGAUGUUAGUAUUGGGACUUCUCUUGUUGAUAUGUAUAUGAAAACAGAGAAUGUGGAGGAUGGAAGGAGAGUUUUUGAUCUUAUGGAGGAAAGGAAUGUCGUUUCUUGGACCUCAUUGCUUGCGGGGUAUGCACAGAAUGGAUUCAAUGUGGAAGUUUUGCAUUUGUUUUUAGCAAUGCAAGUGGAGGACGUUAAGCCAAAUCCGUUUACCUUUUCAGCUGUUCUUGGAGUUCUGGCAGAUGAGCAGUUGACAGAAACUGGGCUACAAGUUCAUACUGUGGUUCUAAAGAAUGGGUUUGAGACGACUAUGUUUGUGUCUAAUUCUUUGAUUAAUUUGUAUUUGAAGGCAGGUAUGGUUCCUGAUGCCACAGCUGUUUUUGGUGAUAUGGAAACCAGGAAUUCAGUUACCUGGAACUCCAUGAUCUCUGGUUAUUUGAUGAAUGGGCUUGAUGUGGAGGCCUUUCAAACAUUUUAUCACAUGAGGCUUUCUGGUGUGAAGCUCACAAAGAUGACUUUUGCUCCUGUAAUAAAGCUAUGUGCUAACCAUAGGGAAUUUGGUUUUGCUAGGCAGCUUCAUUGCCAGGUUUUAAAAAAUGGGUUUGAAUUUGAUCACAGUAUUAGAACAGCACUGAUGGCAGCUUACAGUAAGUGCAGUCAAAUUAAUGAUGCCUUCAAAUUGUUUUCUAUGAUGCAUAAAGAUCAAAGUGUGGUCUCUUGGACAGCUAUGAUUAGUGGGCUCCUCCAAAAUGAUGGUACAGAACAAGCGCUUAACCUAUUUUGCCUAAUGAUUAGAGAAGGAGUUAGACCAAAUGAUUUUACUUAUUCUACCAUCCUUACAGCUCAACCAGCUGUUUCUUCUAUCCAAAUACAUGCACAAGUAAUUAAAACUAAUUAUGAGAAGUCACCUACUGUUGGAACAGCUCUUUUAGAUGCUUAUCUUAAGCUGGGAAAAGUUGAGGAAGCUGCGAAAGUUUUUCAACUAAUUGAUGAGAAGGAUAUUGUGGCAUGGUCAGCUAUGCUAGUGGGGUAUGCUCAAAUAGGAGACUCUGAAGGAGCUGUUAGGAUAUUCAUGCAGCUGGUAAAGGAGGGCAUUAAACCUAAUGAAUUUACAUUUUCCAGUGUUUUAAAUGCAUGUGGUGCACCUACAGCACCAGUAGAACAGGGAAAGCAGUUUCACGCAUUCUCAAUCAAAUCAAGAUUAAACAAUGCUUUAUGUGUUAGUAGUGCUCUUGUUACAAUGUAUGCAAAGAGGGGGAAUAUAGAGAAUGCAAAUAAAGUCUUCAGGAGGCAAGAGGAAAGGGACCUAGUUUCAUGGAACUCAAUGAUCUCUGGCUAUGGACAACAUGGUUCUGCAAAGAAAGCUCUGCAGAUAUUUGAAGAAAUGCAAAGCAAAAAUGUAGAAAUGGAUGGUAUAACAUUCAUUGGUGUAUUUUCUGCAUGUACACAUGCUGGAUUAAUAGAUGAAGGUGAAAUGUUCUUUAAUAUGAUGGUUAAAGAUCACAACAUUAAACCAACAUUGGAGCAUUAUUCCUGCAUGGUUGAUCUAUAUGGCAGAGCUGGAAUGCUUGAAAAGGCCAUGGAUAUAAUAAAUGAAAUGCCAUUCUCAGCUGGUGCAACAGUGUGGCGAACUCUAUUGUCUGCUUGCCAUGUACACAGGAAUUUAGAGUUGGGAAAACUUGCUGCAGAAAAGCUCAUUUCACUUCAGCCACAAGACUCAGCUGCUUAUGUCCUUCUUUCCAAUAUUUAUGCUGCACUCGGAAAUUGGCAAGAAAGAAAUAAAGUGAGGAAAUUAAUGAAUGAGAGAAGAGUGAAAAAAGAAGCUGGCUACAGCUGGAUUGAAGUUCAGAACAAGACCCACUCAUUUUUAGCUGGUGAUGUUUCACAUCCCAUGUCAGAUCGUAUUUAUUCAAAACUGAAGGAGUUAAAAGCUCGACUGAAGGCUGCAGGUUAUCAUCCCAAUUAUAGUUAUGUACUUCAGGACACUGAUGAUGUGCAAAAAGAAGCUAUCCUCUCUCAGCAUAGUGAGAGGCUGGCUAUUGCAUUUGGGUUGAUCGCCACUCCCCCUGGAACUUCUCUUCAAAUUGUUAAGAACCUUAGAGUCUGUGGAGACUGUCACACUGUUAUUAAGAUAAUAUCAAUGAUUGAAGGAAGAGAUAUUGUUGUUAGAGAUACAAACCGGUUCCACCACUUCAAGGGAGGUGGCUGUUCUUGCGGUGACUAUUGGUGACUUUCAUUUGGUUCCAUUCAAAAGCUGAUAAUGUUGAGAUUUCACAAAGUGAUCUCAAGUCAUUGAAGGAAGAUAUGUAUGGAAACCAGGUGAACCACUUAAAGGGAGUUUGCUCUUUGCACACUGAAUAAUUGUGCCAAUUGAUUGGUUUAACUCAACUUGCUAUAAACAUGUGGAUGCUGGGACUGAGCAAAAAAUCGAAUCCCUUCUACAUGCUGGGAAGCAGUUUGAAUCCUAUUUGUGUGGUUGGCGGAACAAUUUAGGUCCUAUAAAUGCAAGUUUUGCAUGGUAAAGGUUGCUAGGGAAUUUGAUGGAUUGUUCAUUUGGUGGGCUCCUUGAUUGGAGAGGCAUGUGAUGUCUACAUGUUUUCUGACUUUGCUAUAAACAUAUUGUAGGAGAGCUUAUUCACUCAUUGGUGUACACAAGGAGUUUAUCUUCUAUGACUUUAAAAGCCAUAGAAUUGGAACAUUUUGUCUUAGGGCACUUAUCGACAUUCAGAUUUAGAAAAUGGGCAGUCUUACUUGAAAUCAGAGAGUCAUAAUGGGAGAAGUUCCUAUGCCAUUUCUUACACACACACAACAUAUAUGAAUUUUCCAAUUAAGAAGUUCUUUGCACCUUUCUCCAUAAACCUCUUUGAUGGUGGAGGGUUCUCCAGUAGAGCCAAGCGGAUGAAACAUCUUUGUC